AUGGCUACCGCCACGACAGCACUGGUACGAACACCUAAUAAUAGCGGAAGAACAAUUAUGAUGAUGCCGGCGGCUGGUGCUGCUAUUGCAACGAGUUGUGCAAAUCAACCGCAACAAGCUUCACUCUAUCCUUCUCAGCAAAAUUCACCUUAUUUGUCUCAACCAGGCAUUGCCAUAACUUCAGCUAACGGACGACUAUUUUCUAAUCAUUCGUGUGGCUCAACUUCUGCCAAUUUUUAUUCACAACAAGCGCAAUCAAACUAUCCGUUGCAGCAUCAACAGCAGCACCAACAACAACGGUCAUUUUAUCAAAAUUUAACGCCUGAACCUCAGGCAACCACAGCUAAUAGUCUUGCAGCUCAAGCAAUGAGUUGUGAAGCAAUUGGCUCAACAUCGUCUUCUACAAUAUCUAGCGAUAAUGGAGCAGCUUCAGCUUUAUCUGAUUUGAAUUCACAAUCUUUAUCAGUUCGACGGCCUUCUAGUUGCAGCAGUAGAAGUAGGCCAUCUUCUGCUUGUUCCUCAGUUGCGAAUGUACAGAUGUCAAUCACUAGUACCACAGUUAGUUCUACUACUACCAGUAUUGCUAUGCCUGUUGCAAACAUGAAUGGUUUGGCAAACACUCUGAAUGCAAGAAUCACUGCUUCACCUGUAACUCCUAAUAAUACUGAUGUUCUGAUAAUUCGCGAUCCAUUUGAAGAGGAUGAAUUUUCUUCUGCUCGCUGUAGCUCCACAGUUACUCAAAUAAUGUUCAAUCAACGGCCACCACAGUAUAUCAAUACAGGCAAUCCUUUAGACUCUGGUGGACAAUUGGAAUUACCUCGUCAUCUCAGAGUUCCAUAUCCUGAGUCAGCUUAUCGAGCAUGUGCUGCUGCAAACAAAAAUUUAGCUACUUACCGGAACGGUGCACCAUUACCUCCCUUCAUGCUACCGUAUCCAGCUUGUCCAGGACCUAGACCUGCUUCUUUAUUUGCUCCCAGUAUUGUUCCUAUAGAUAAUUCCUUAAUAUAUGCAAAUUCGCAACAACGGCAGCAGCAGCAACAGCUUCCCGGAAAUGCAACUAAUUUUGGGAUAUUUCGAAAUAGCAAACCUCAAGCCAGCUCUUCACCUGGUUGUCCAUCACUUUCAAUGCCUAAUGUGCCUGCAGGUACACCGACUCCAACUCACGGUUUUGGAAAUCCAUAUUGCAUUCAAGCACCCACGCCGACACAUAUGAUGGGACCACCUGGAUGCAUUCAGCGUCCUGAAUACCUUUCAAGUGCCUCAGGACCAUAUUGCAUAUCGGGUGGAGCGGGUGGGCAGCCUUAUUUUGGGAAUCAACCGGUCGCAAGACCUGAGCCUGGGACUGCAAACAUGAUACCUAUAAAUGGCGGGCUGCCUUCGAUGAAUCUCAUGACUAUGGUAAAUAUGAAUAAUGAACGUAUGGGGCCUGCAAUGGGUAUGAUGGGUGCAGGGCAGCAACCAAAUACUGGCUCUGCGACAGCGAAAAAAGGAAAUGCUAAGAGAUCUAAAGCUAGCAAAUCAUUCGGAGGGAUGCCAAAUCUUACCAAUGAUGAGCAGCAGUUGUUAGCAGCGAGACGAAAGCAACAACCAUUGGUUCAAACUGGACAGCAACAGCAGCAACAACAACAACAAAAGCAGCAACAACAGCCGAUGAUGUCGGGAAUGAUGUUACCUAUGCCAGUAUCUUCACAAGACUUUUACAUGUCUCAGAAUGUUUGUGGCAACUCUUCUGGGAUGUUAUCUCUCGUACAGCCACCUACACCACAGCAGCAAUCUGUUUUGCCACUAUCAACAGGCGCACCCACCGGUGCUGGCACAGGAGGAAUGGGACAGUUCGAUCAUUUUGAUGCUCGGCCUUCGACAAGUCUUAAUUGUACUCCAAUGCCUAAUUCUUGUCCAUCAAUGGUACAAGCUGUGAGUGGAGCAGGCACCCCUCCUCAACAGCAGCAAUCAACAUCGCAAAUGAUAGUAAAUUCUAUGAUGAUGACUCGAGGUUAUGGUACUUUCGAGCAAAAUGGUUUUGUUGAUGGGUUUCAGGCUCCGCAAAGCAACGGUAGCAGUGGUAGUGCAAGUAAUAAUAAUAUUCAAGGCAACAGUAAUAAUACUAUUACUACCAGUGUUAGCGGCGAUUCGUUUACUGUACUUAAUGGUUCCUUGAAUAAUCGUAGUACCAAUCAUGGCAGUAAGCAACGUUGUGUGAGUUGCACUGAAGAAGUUAGGGGGGAACGACCUGGUAUUCAGUGUACUGCAAACGGAGAAGGCUGUCGACGAUUUUUCCAUCAGGAAUGUAGCGGUUUGUUGCCGGAUGCAUUUCGUGCCAUCAUUGCAGAGCCGCGCGCAGAAUGGAUUUGUCCAGACUGCUUGUGCCGUCAGCAAACACAAAUUACGUUUGCAUAG